AUGCACGAGGAGAACAGCUCGAGAAGUCCACCACUGGCAUGUACAGGUCCCUGUUGCUUCGAAUUCUCCAACAGCUUCCGACGCUCCAUAGUGCGCUGGAUCCUGCAUUGGUCUUGGGUAUCAGUGAGAAACCACGAUUGGAGUGUUGAGGCGCUGAGGGCGUUAUUUGAGCAGGCUGUGGAGGGCCUCGGCAAUUCGUGUGUGGUUGUCUUCAUUGACGCCUUAGAUGAAUGUGACGAGUCCGAAAUCCGCUCCAUGGUAUCAUCAUUCAAGAGUUUGGGUAACUUGAGUGCCGCCGAAGGAAUCAGUUUUCAGGUAUGCUUGGCAAGCAGACACUAUCCUCACAUUACGAUGCCAAAGAAAAUUGAACUGGUUCUGGAAGGGCAAGAGGGACAUGAGAAGGACAUCAUUUCCUAUCUUGACAGCGAGUUGGAAAUCGGAGACAGCAAGCUCGCUCACGAGGUGCGGGAUCUGAUCAAAGAAAAGGCCUCCGGUGUAUUUAUGUGGGUUGUGCUUGUCGCAGGCAUUUUGCAGAAGAAGUACGAUCAAGGGCGCAUACACACUUUGAAACAAACACUUCGAGAGAUCCUAGGAGAUCUUCACGAGCUAUUUCGAGAUAUUCUUACGCGAGACGAUGUCAACAAGGAUGAAUUGCUGCUAUGCAUCCAAUGGGUUCUUUUCGCACGAAAUCCGCUCAAGCCAGAGCAACUUUAUUUCGCGAUUCGCUCACACGCCGAAUGCAGCACUUGCAAGUGGGAUCGAGACGAAAUUGGAGAAGUUGCCAUUGGUAACUUCAUUAUAAGCUCUUCCAAAGGCCUUGCCGAAGUCACACGGGUGAAGAAGGACCAAACAGUUCAAUUCAUUCACGAAUCAGUCAGAGAUUUCCUCCUCAAAGAGGAAGGCCUAAGAGUUAUCCUGGACACGAGCGGAGAUAUUUAUGCAGAAAGCCAUGAUCAGCUGAAGAGGUGUUGCUAUAAGUACACACAAUCUUACACGGAAGAGAAUGGCUUACCAGAAAGUGAAUCUAAGGAUCAUCUCUCCGAACCCCGUGUUGUCGCAGACCUCGAGUUUCCUUUUCUGAGGCAUGCCGUACAAAACGUUCUCUAUCAUACGAAUGCAGCUCAGGAGGGACAUAUCAGCCAGACCAAGUUCUUGGAAACCUUCCAACUUUCACAAUGGAUUCAGUAUAGUAACGUCUUCGAGGACAAAGACGUGCGUCGCCAUACCACCGGUGCAAGCCUUUUAUACCUCCUAGCGGAGUACAAAUUUGGAUACCUUAUCGAGAGCCACCAAGGAAGUCAGUCCUGCUUUGACAUCGAAGGUGAGCGAUAUGGCGCUCCUAUCCUUGCAGCAAUGGCUACGAGUAACCGACCCACGGUCUGGAGGCUGCUCAAAAGGGAGAUACGUGAAGAGCCGGCGACUUCACGUUUACACUCCUUAUGCAAUGAAUACGACGUCGAAAAGAAAGCAAAGCACGGACUUGGACGCAACUUUAAAUUUAACACAAAAUUGGGUUUUCUUUACUACAUUUUACGAAACGACGACCUCAUUACGGCUUCGGUGGCUAUUGCUUCGUGCAAACCCUACACACACCUAGACUUCCGAACUCCCCGUGGCGAAACAUUGUUUUCAUUUGCUGAGCAAUACAGUCAGGAUGUCUGUUCUACUUUUGGAUUUCUUAUUGCGAACGGAGCCGACAUUGAAGCUAGGGAUGAGGCCGGGUGGACGCCACUUUGUCUUGCUGCUGCAAAUGGAUAUACCGCUACUGUAGCCAUCCUGCUUCAAAAAAGCGCCAAUAUUGAGAAUCGCUCCGAAGUUGGCAGGGCACCACUUAUGUAUGCUGCAGAGGGUGGCAGUGAGGAAUGCAUGCGAUUGCUGAUCUCAAGCGGAGCCAAUGUUAAUGCAAAGGACAACCAGCAAUGGACAGCACUUUUCUGGGCCGCUUGUAGCCAAAAAGAGCCCGAAGCCAAGCUGUAUUUAUUGACUGACCAUGGGGUCGAUGUUACCGCAAUUGACAGCCAAGGUUACACAGCACUGACGUGGUCACUGAAACAAGGGAAAGCCACGAGAACGAUUGUACAGAUCCUGUUAUCUCAUGGCGAUACAGUCGACAGAAUCGAUCGCUUAGGAAGAACACCGUUGAUACUUUCUUUGAAUAGCAACCUUUCGAUUAUGGAGUAUCUUAUAGACAAGGGUGCCGGGAUCGACUCGAUUGAUAAUCACGGCCAGAGCGCCCUGUUGCUCGCCGUCAAGUUGAAGGCAGAAAGCCAAGCACGCCUUCUAAUAGAUAGCGGCACCUAUACUGAUGUGUCUGACACACGCAAUGGCCGUACAGCUCUGUCAUACGCUGUUAGCUGGCAGUAUCAGGACAUCCUCAUUUGCCCACAAGGCCAUCCAGCUACGGGUUUAUUAUAUCGUAGCCAAAAGUUGCCUCCAAGCAUAGCAGAAGGGCUUCUGAUCCGGGGUGCGGCAGUUGAUAGAGAUGACAUCAAUGGCAGGACGCCGCUAUCAUAUGCCGCAAGUUUCAGUGUCAGUGCAGAUUUGGUCUCGUUAUUGCUUUCCCAUGGUGCAGAUGUUAAUCGCGCGGACAACAAUGGCAGGACACCACUAUCAUAUGCGGCGGCCUGUUCUAACUACAGGGGUACUAAGUUACUACUUGAUCAUGGGGCAGAUGUUAAUGCAGCAGACAAUGAUGGUAGGGCACCACUAUCAUAUUUUACUUCGAGCGGUGGCCCCAGUGCUGAGAGUUAUGUGCGGCUACUUCUAGAUCGAGGAGCGAUUCCCGAUAAGGUUGAUGAGGCUGGAAAGACGGCUAUUUCAUAA